GUUUUGAAAAGUGGCCGCGAACUGUUGUGUUUUCUGUGGUGUUUUGGUAGGAAUAGUUCAAGUUGAAGAGGUGUAACAAGGGUGUGUGAUUUUCCACUGGCAAGAUGCCAUCCUCAUCAUCCUACUCGGUGCUUGAUGGCUUAUACACGUUGCAUGAGACCAUUGGCACUGGUGGAUUUGCGAAAGUAAAGCUCGGUGUACAUUGCCUGACAGGUGAACGGGUAGCAGUCAAGAUAAUGGACAAGAAGUCACUUGGGCAUGAUUUGCCGCGUGUAAAGCUGGAGAUAGCAGCAAUGAAGGAGCUCCACCAUCAGCACAUAUGCAGACUGUACCAAGUGAUCGAGACAGACGAGAAGAUAUUUAUGAUGCUAGAGUACUGCCCCGGUGGAGAGCUCUUUGACUACAUCGUUAGCAAGGACCGGCUGAAGGAGAACGAGGCGCGUUUCUUCCUGCGGCAAAUCAUCUCCGCCCUCGCAUUCAUCCACGACGUCGGCUACGCACACCGCGACCUCAAACCCGAAAACUUGUUACUGGAUGAAGACCAGAACUUGAAGCUGAUAGACUUCGGACUAUGUGCAAAGCCGCAG